ACAACAACAAAAUCCUGUAUGAGAUCAAGGCCUUUUUUUGUCUGUAAAAGCACAAAAAUGGAGUACUUUGUGUUCUAUUCAUUGGCACUUUGCUUGGUUGUUUUUGGAGUGGCAAAAGCUUUCUACUCCAUUUGGUGGAGACCCAAAUUGGUGGAGAGACAGUUGAAAAGACAAGGAGUUAGGGGCAGUUCCUACAAGCCUUUGGUUGGUGAUGCCAAAGAGUAUGUGAGCAUGAUCACUGAAGCUUGGUCGACCCCCAUGAAUCUAGACCAUCAGAUCAUUCAACGUGUUGAUCCAUUCACUGCAGUGUAUGCUAAAAAAUAUGGAAAGUUAUCGAUGUGCUGGUUUGGGACAAGUCCGAGAUUGAUGGUGAAGGACCCCGAGAUGAUGAAAGAAGUACUAUCAAACAAGGAGGGUAGCUUUGAGAAGCCACCGAUGAACCCACUUAUUCUGAAGCUGACCAAGGGAUUAACUACUCUUAAAGGGGAGGAAUGGGCUAAACACAGGAGGAUUAUCAAUCCUGCUUUUCAUCUGGAAAGGCUCAAGGGAAUGAUGCCAGCCUUCACCAUAAGCUGUAGCAACAUGAUAGAGCGCUGGAAGGAGAUGGCUGGUAAUCAAGAGAGUGUUGAAGUGGAUGUGUGGCCUGAAAUUCAGAGACUAACAGCAGAUGUUAUAUCCAGGGCAGCCUUUGGCUCCAACUUUGAAGAAGGGAAGAAACUUUUUGAACUUCUCAAACAACUCACUCUUUUUACUGUUGAAGCCAUGCAGACCUUGUACCUUCCUGGUUUCAGAUUUAUUCCAACAGCUAAGAACAGGAGGAGAGAGAAGCUGAACAAGGAGAUCAAGACCAUAAUAGAGAGUAUAAUUCUAAGGAAAGAAAAUUCCAUGAGCAACCAGGAAUACAAUGUUGAUGACUUGUUAUGCAUGCUCUUGCAGUCGAGGAAGAAAGAAAAUCAACAUGAAGGUGAUGGACUGACAACUGAUGAAGUGAUGGAGGAGUGCAAGCAGUUCUACCUUGCAGGGCAGGAAACAACAUCAAGCUUGAUUACAUGGACAGUCAUUGUUUUGGCCAUGCACUCAGAAUGGCAAGAAAAAGCUAGGCAAGAAGUCAUGCAAAUUUGUGGGAAGAAUGAACCAACUUUUCAAAAUUUAAACCACUUAAAGAUUGUUACCAUGAUACUUAAUGAAGUCCUGAGGUUAUACCCACCAGUUAUUGCUCAAUAUCAACAUACUUAUGCAGAAACAAAGAUAGGUGAAGUCUUAAUACCUGCCGGGGUUGAUGUUACCUUAGCUACGCUGCUUAUUCACCACGAUCCCGAGUACUGGGGAGACGAUGCAGAAGAGUUCAAACCUGAGAGAUUCUCCGCAGGAGUUUCGAAGGCAAGCAAAGAUCAGUUGGCCUUCUUUCCCUUUGGCUGGGGACCUAGGACCUGCGUUGGACAAAAUUUUGCAAUGUUAGAAGCUAAGAUCGCAUUGGCUAUGAUUCUACAGAAUUUCUCUUUUGAGCUCUCACCUUCUUACGCACAUGCUCCUCAUACUGUCAUGACUCUUCAACCACAGCAUGGAGCCCAGCUGAAACUUCACCAACUAUAGGCUGCAUGCAAAUGAAGUACUACAUUCGAGUGAUGAAUGUUUUGAAAUUUCAUAAGCAUAAGUAAUUCAGCAUAUUACUUAGCCUAAUGUUUGAUAGCAUCUCACCUAUGUGACUAUGUCAACCUAGAAAAAUAAGAAUGUAACCUAUAUUGGCAAUGGAUGCUUACUAAGGUAAUGAUGAUGUAUGACGUUCAUGUUAUAAUGUUAAGAUGCAUUAAGAAA